GGUUGAUAUAUGGAUCCUCAUGGUACAAUUUGAACCUUAAUAAUUGGCACCUAUCCAUAUCCUGGAUUGGGUGAAGAUGAGUUCACUAGCACCAUUUUCAGCAACUGGAACAUGCCUCACUUCCCUGCAUCCCCUUAACAAUUCAUCACCGCCAAAACCACCACCUCUGACUCUGACUCCUAUAAAAUGUGCUGCUACCCAACUCCAACCGCCAGUAACAGCUCAAAAAGAGAGCCAGUUCAAGAGAAGAGACGCUAUAGGCCUUGCCUUGAGUGUUGGCAUUCUUCAAGCUUUCUUUCCACCAAAACCAGCUUCAGCAGCAGUGGAAGCACCACCGUGUGAAUUAACAGCAGCUCCUUCUGGCCUCGCUUUCUGUGAUAAGCUUGUUGGCACGGGUCCUCAAGCUGUUAAGGGACAACUCAUCAAGGCACAUUAUGUAGGGAGAUUGGAGAAUGGGAAAAUUUUCGACAGCAGCUAUAAUCGUGGCCAGCCACUCACAUUUCGCGUCGGUGUUGGAGAGGUCAUCAAAGGAUGGGAUGAAGGCAUUAUAGGAGGUGAUGGAAUUCCACCCAUGCUUGCAGGAGGCAAACGUACACUGAAGCUUCCUCCAGAACUUGCAUAUGGUUCAAGAGGAGCUGGUUGUAGAGGAGGUUCGUGUGUCAUUCCUCCUGAUUCGGUACUCUUAUUUGAUGUGGAGUUUGUUAGCAAAGUAUGAUUUACAAAGCCAUGCGCAGCCAAAUUACUUUCCUUUAUCUUGAGAAUGGAGCUUAGAUUUGGAUUAGGUUCCCUGCAGGAAGGGAUACACUAUAUCCAUGCAAUCACACAAUCUGAGUCAUCCGGUCAUGAUCGUUCGGUUCAUAUAUUUCAUCAAGAUCGGACCAUAGAUAUAAGUUUAAAAUCUGAGCUGGCCGAUCUUGAUCCGAUCGCUCAGAUUGCGUUAUUGCGUGAAUGUAGAGAUUCCUGACAAAUCCAUUUCCCUUAGAUUUAUAUUGUUUUCCCUCUGUUGGUUAUAUAUUUGAUGACUGUGAUAUUACCUAUAUUACACGUAAGAACAGUUUCAGCGUUCUUAUAUCUAAAGUUGAACAAGAGAGUAAAGAAUUACCUGAUAAAUUCAUGACUGAUUAGUUACAAUAAA